AUGGUGGCCAAGAAGCAAAUAUACGAGUUCUUUCGCCCGGAGCUGCGAGAUGCCUCCUACGAGAUAGGAGAUGUGUAUUCACCUGACAAGGUGAGGCAGUUGCAGAAGGAGUGGGAAAUUCUCCCAGACGAUGUGAAAAAACCCCUUCCGUAUCUUACUCACGUGAAGGCCCUAUCGAACACAUGGCCGCAUCUCCGUCUCCUGGCUGAUUUCAUGGAGGUCGGGACCACUCCGUUGCGCUGGAAGGAGCUCACUACUACCCCUCCACCACAGGGGCCUGACCUCCACCCCUUGGAAUGUCAGGAGCGGAUCAAAAAACGCGCUGAGAGGGCCGCGAGAACUAAUGUUAUGCUUCUGAAGUACAUGGCUUCCGGCAACGUGGAGCAGAAGCAUUGCAGGAACGUGUCGGCUCUCCAUGUAGCCCUCAACGACGAAAGCACAGGUGGAGGGGAGAGAGAGAAUGAGCACGAGCAGAGACCUGACGGAGAAGGAGAGAUCAGAGGUGAUGGAAGAGGAAGAGGUGGCAGGUGUAAUCUACAGCUCUACGUGGUGGAAGAUCUUUCAAGAGACGUGAUUGAGGCUCUGGGUUCCAAAUUCGACAUCGAGCCUGCUUUCUUCCGAGAACACAUCGUGGACUACGCAUGGUACAACGUUCGCGAUCGAUGGGAAGAUCCUCCGAGCCUACAGUCAGCUGAAGAGCACCGACGUUGGAUACAGCUUCGGUAUGUGACGGCUCGGUACUACAAGACUCCCCAAUCUUUCAAGGCAGCAAUCAGAGAAGCAUCGAAUUUCAAUGUUCUCCGGAGGCCAGAUGACGACCUGAACAAUAAGGCGGUUUGGGAUUCGGAGGAUGCGAUUGUGGGAGUCAUGAGGACAAGGACGAGCUUUUGGUUGAAGAAGGGGCAGGAUGGUAACAGUGCCGUUGGUAUCCUCCUCCUCGACCCCACGAUAAAAGAGGGAACGCCUCUCUGGCACGGAUACCGAAACUGGUCAUCGACACCCAGCAUGCACUCUCCCCGCAUCCCCGCCGGGCCGCCUCGAGACUCUCUGUUCAACGACUUCAUCUACUGGGCCAAGCAACCUUCCGCCUCCAUAGGCAGCGUUCUGACCCAUCAUCCGACCUCAGUCCUUUCCGGAAGCUCAAAGACAGACCUCCACGCCCCAACCAGAGCCCUCCUCUACCUCGUCUGCGCGGAGUGGCUCACGAUGGCCAGCUACAUCCGCACACGUCUCGGAAUCAUCGACUGGGAAAUUUCACUCCCGGACAACUUCGCCGCCCAGAAUAUAGAUACGAGCAGUGACGGGGCCCUCAGCAGGCUCCACGUCUGGAGACGUCUGGUCCCCCUGUACCAGGAAAUGCUUACCGACAGCAUACGACAGGUCUUCGGAUUCCCGUGCCACGACAGCGAGGUCACCACGGUCUCCAUCAACGGGGUCGGCAGCAGCUCAGGAUGCCCAUGCGCUCAGCACGCCUCGUCGGCCUCGCGAUUCAGCAGCAGUAUCCAGCCAGCGCGCCCGCCCGGCCCGGAGGAGGGGAAGGGAUCCAUCGCCGCGAUCCGGGUCGACUUCGCCCGCGCCCUGUCGUACAUGCAAGAGUACCAGAUGCGCAUCGAUCGCGUGACAUCCAUCCUCACGAGCACCAUGUCCAUCGAGGAAUCCCGGCACGCCAUCGCCGACGCCAAGAACGUGGCACGCCUGACCUGGCUGGCGUCCUUCUUCAUCCCCAUGAGCCUGAUCGCCAGUCUGUUCAGCAUGCAGGCCGACGUCUACGCGCUGGCGCACACGAUGCGGCUGUACUUUGCCACCGCGCUGCCGGUGGCCGCGGUGGCCAUGGGGCUGGCGUGGGUGAUCCUGAAGCUGAAGAUCUGGUUCUCGAAGAGGAAGCGGGCGAGGCUUGCUCGGACUCACAAGCGUCGAUGA